CCAGCGUUAAUUAAUGGCAUCACUGUAAAAUUUAACCAAAAAGUAAUAGAAGAGUGUCCAUCACCGCAACUACCGGUAACUGUUCUAACUUCAGAAUUUCAAGUUUUUAGAAACUUAAAUUUAGUAAAAUUUCAGAACUAAAGCUUCUUUGAUGCCAACUUAAUAUUUAAAUACCAGCAAUCUUAAAAAAAGAAGUGUAAAAAUAACGUGAUAAGAAUGUUUCUCUUUUCUUGAUGGAUAUUUAUUUAACUCCGCCUUAGCUGCAUGUUCCUUACUUCCUUUGAAACCUUUUGCAACCAACAAACACACACACACACACUCUUAGAUCAACUUUCCUCGUCCCUUGUUUUCCACUCCACAGUGGUACCAACCAAAUGGCAGCUAAACCAACUGAUGAAGCUCAUCAAGGAGAAACCCUCAAGUACCAGACGUGGGUUUUGAAAGUAUUGAUCCACUGUGAAGGUUGUAAAAAGAGAGUCAGGAAAAUUCUUCAGGGAAUUGAUGGGGUUUAUAGAACAGAGGUUGAUUCUCUGCAGCACAAGGUUACUGUCACUGGUAACGUGGACGCUGAGACUCUCAUCAAGAGGCUUUCAAGAUCAGGGAAACUAGUGGAGCUUUGGCCAGAAAAGCCUGUUGAAAAUAAGAAAGAUAAUAGUAAUAAUAAGAAGUCUGGAAAGUCCAACAAGGGUGGUGAUGUUAAUAAGGAGAAGGAAAACCAAAAGAAUAGUGAACAAGUUGCUGAUGAUGGUGGUGGUUCCAAUGAGGGUUGUAAAGACGAUGCUGGUGAAGAUUCUGACAAAGGGGGUCAUAGUGAUGAGUGUGAGGAGGGAGGUGGUGGUGGUGAAGGUGGCAAAAAGAAGAAAAAGAAGAAGAAGAAGAAGAACAAAGGGGAAAACGGUGGUUCUGGUACUGGUUCUAGUUCUGCUCCUAAUAAUAAUGGAGGGGGAGAAGAAAGUAGUAAAGUUGAUGCAAUUGUCCCUUCAAAUUUGGCAUCUUCCGUGGCUCACAAGGAUCUUAUAAGCCCUCCAAUUCAACAUGCAUACCCAUAUCCACAUCCACAUAUGUAUUAUUCGCCACCACCAGCAUAUGGAUUAAGCUAUAACACAGCAUAUCCUAUAUCAAGUGCUUCAUAUUAUGUUGGUGCCCCCAUCAUGCCCAUGCAUGCUUACACUACUGCAUACUCUAGAAUGCCACCUCCUCCUCCACCGUCUGAUCCGAUCAUGCACUAUGGCGAUGAUGAGGAAGAGUACUACGAAGGUGGUGGAUAUUGCUCCAUUAUGUGACAAACCAAACCACAAAGUGGAGGAUGAUGUACUAGCUAGCUAGUGUUUGUUAUUUAUUACUUAUUAUUAGUGCUAAUACUCAAGGGAAGUGGGGGUUUAAAUUUUGUAAUAUGCUGAACCAAACUUGAAAUGAACUAGUUGAAAAUGAUGGGGGACAAAAAAAAGAAAGAAAGAAAAAAGAGGGUAUGUGCAGGUAUGGAGGGUCUUCAAUGCUUUGUCUUUGUUUAGCAUGAUCUCUCUCUUUUUUUAUUUCACUUGUUAAGAGUACAGCUUUUGGAGUUUGCUAAAGAAAGGCCAAUAGCCUUGUAAUGCUCUGCAAUCUGUAGGUCCGAAAAUCUUCCUUUCCUUUCUCUAUCUUAUGUGUAAAGUAUCUUUUUGUGUACCA